AUGGAAAAAGUACAAGGACAUCCGAAAAAUUUAGCAUGGAGCGGUGGACCUCUACAUGUGGAAUGCGAGCAUGGUGUUGAUCUUUGGAAUAAUGGUGGGAAACAUAUCAGGGAGAAUGUGGUGGCAAUCAAGGCUGUUUUAUUUAAAGAUGAAAUCUACGUCAUGACUCCUCGAAUUAAGCGUGGAGUGCUGGCGACACUAUGGCUGAUGAUACGUGGUCGUCAAGGGGUAGAGCUUGAAGCUUUCCCAAGUGUAACAGCCCACGCGUUGGGUGACUGCGAAGCGUUGCAGAACGCAGUCGACUGCUAUCUUGACCACUUGGGUAAUGUCUGGGUUCUAGAUAGUGGCAUAAUAGAAACUGUGGAGUCUCCAAGAUGUACCUGUCCGCCCAAAGUUGUAGUCAUCAACCUUGCUCUUAGAAAGCUGACGAAGCGCAUCAAGCUAACCUCAAUGGUAGAAGUCACAUCCCAGCUGCAAAACAUUGUUGUUGAAUAUGAGAUAGGGGGGAAGAUAUUCGUGUAUGUAUAUUGUUUCUAUUUAGUUAAUAUUAUAACGGAAUUUUAUUAA